UUCUUUUCUUUUGCAGUGACAGGGCCAUUAAAAGAGAAGCAGAUAGCCUUUGUGUGCCGAGAGACUCUUCAGGGCUUGUAUCAUCUUCAUGAAAGUGGCAAAAUGCAUCGAGACAUUAAGGGUGCCAACAUCCUUCUGACUGAACGCGGAGAUGUCAAACUGGCUGACUUUGGAGUAGCUGCGGAGAUCAGUGCUUCUGUCGCCAAGAGAAAGUCUUUCAUAGGAACGCCAUACUGGAUGGCUCCAGAAGUGGCAGCAGUGGAGAAGAAGGGCGGGUACAACCACUUAUGUGACAUCUGGGCCGUGGGCAUCACGGCCAUUGAGCUGGCAGAGCUGCAGCCUCCCAUGUUUGACCUUCACCCAAUGAGAGCUCUGAUGUUGAUGUCUAAGAGCAACUUCCAGCCUCCAAAACUAAAAGACAAAACAAAAUGGUCGUCAGGUUUCCAAAGCUUUGUGAAGAUGGCGCUCAUAAAAAACCCACGCAAAAGGCCGUCAGCUGAGACUCUGCUCCAGCAUCCCUUUGUGACCCAGCUGUUGACAAGGAACCUGAUAAUUGAGCUUCUGGACUUGGCCAGUAAUCCGGAGCUUUUCAACAGCCACUCCCACAGCCUGGACGAGAACGAUCUGGAGGUCGAGGAAGAGGCUCCAGACAAGAUCCAGUCAGCGGGGAAGCACCUGGCCGUGGAGAGGACCUUGUCUGAGGAACAAUUUGACCAGGUGAAAUUCCGACCUCCUUUACGGAAAGUGACAGAGCCUUAUCCUGAUUUGGGUUCCUAUGACGAUGACUGGAGUCUGUCUGGAGAUGAGGACAACUCACCGAGCCUGCUGGAAUGUGUGGAGCAAGCUCUGCAGCUGAGGAGUUUAACAAUUAGGAGAGUGCCCUCUACUGACACUGGCAGGAAGAGUGGCAUGUUCAGCCCCACCACAGCCUCCCUGCCGGCCUUCAGCUCUCUGUCCGCUCACACAGAAGACCAGGACCUGACCCUCAGACCCACCUGCACCCUGGGCCCCGACACUGCUUUAGACAACGACUGCCGCUCUUCACCAGGUUUGUCGCGGUGCUCUGCCACACAGGACAUCAGGCAGCGGUGCAGUGACCCAUGUCUGCCUGGAGGUGAUGCUCUACCCAAGGAAAAGAAGCCAAGUGCAGUUUCGCCUCCAAAAAGAGACACCUCUCUUUCACCAGAGUGGAGCACAUUAAGGAAAAAGCCUGAGGACUCUAGAGCUGAUUGUCAUGGACUUCCUCCUACCCCUCAAGUCCAUAUGGGAGCGUGCUUCUCUAAAGUUUUUAAUGGGUGUCCACUUAAAAUAAAUUGUGCCGUCACCUGGAUUUUCCCUAAAACAAGAGAUCAGUAUCUUAUACUCGGAGCAGAGGAGGGGAUAUACACACUGAAUCUAAAUGAACUUCAUGAAGAUACACUAGAAAAGCUGCUGCCACAGAGAUGCUCAUGGCUCUAUGUUAUGAACAACGUGCUCAUGACUGUUUCUGGGAAGUCCUCACAGCUCUGCUCCCACAGUUUGACAGCUCUGUUUGAACACAAAGGCAGAGAGACUGUGCACAAGAGGCCCAGCACCCUGUCACUCAGCACCAACCGCUUCACCGAGAGGAUCAGCCACAGAAAGUUUGCUGUAUCAGUGAAGAUUCCUGACACUAAAGGCUGCAGGAGGUGUAGUGUAGCCAGAAACCCCUAUACAGACAGCACUUUUCUAUGUGCGGCCGUGCCCUCUGGUCUCGUCCUGCUCCUGUGGUAUGAGCCUCUGCAGAAGUUCAUGCAUCUUAAGUAUAUAGCUGUAAAGCUGCCAGACAGUCUGCCUAUAUUUGAGCUGCUGGUAGUGGUGACAGAUGAGUUUCCUCAGCUCUGCAUUGGAGUGCGAGACUGCAGUAAUGGGAAAAGUGGUCAGGAACUCAUGUUUGACAUCAUAGAACUCAAUGGUGCUCCUAUCUCUGUACCAGACAGUGGUGCGCUGAAAGCUGGGCAGGUGACCCAGCUUGACAGAGACACAGUUCUCAUUGCAUUAGAAAAAAUUGUUAAAAUUGUUAACUUGAAAGGACAACCAUCCAAAGAGCUAUCUGCGGAAAUACUAUUUGACUUCUCCAUUGAAACUCUAGUUUGCUUACAGGACAGUGUUUUGGCUUUCUGGAAACAUGGUCUCAAAGGGAAGAGCUUUCAAUCUGGUGAAGUGACACAAGAGAUUACGGAUGAGAGCCGAUCUUUCAGAGUCCUGGGAACAAACAGGGACAUUAUUCUCCAGAGCACGCCUACUGAUGACCCCUCAGCACUGAGCAACCUCUACAUACUAACCGGGCAUGAAAGUAGCUACUAACUGUUGGGGAUGACCAAGAAUUUCAUGUUUAUUAUUGCACUUCAUGUUGUAAAGCUGUGGCAGACACCAGCAAAUACCAACACAUGCCAUUCUGGACUCUCAUGAGAUGAAAGCCAACGCUGAAGCUGCUUAUCAACCACUGAAGACUGUAACUAUUUCAGAGCUUGACUGGACAUUUGGAACUAGAAAUAUAAUGUGUGAAUUCCCUCUGGAGCUAUAGUAUUCAUGGUAUGCAAAAGAACUGAUAACUUUCUAAAGGGAAGAGUUUUCUUUCUUCAGCACUAAUGUCUGUACAUGUAUAAAACACACCUGUGUUUUCAGAUGCUUUAUAAAGGCUGUUAGGUUUGUUAAAAAACCUCAAAACUA